AUGCCAUCCAGUGGCCAAAGCAGAGUCUUGAUCGUCGGAGGAGGCCUCGGAGGUCUCGCUCUCGCCCAAGGGCUCAAACGCGCAAGCCCUUCUAUACCAUUCCACAUCUUUGAACGCGACUCAUCCGCAGAUUUCCGUCCCCAAGGUUAUCGCAUUCGCAUAAACCCCGACGGCGCAGGCGCACUCCAGAAACUGCUCCCAGACCAUCUCUGGAAAACCUACGAAGAUACCUGCGCCGCAUUAAACCCAGGCAUGAGCGGCCUCGAUGCAGCCACCGGCCAGAAACCAGCACCAUCUGGUGAACGACGUGGUCCGCCUCCGAUGCAGGAGGGAAAGUAUUAUAACGCUGAUCGCGUUGUUCUUCGAAAUGUGCUUUUGGAAGGGUUGGAAAAUGAUAUCAGCUUUGGAAAGACUUUUGACAGUUAUCGUGUCACCAGUGAUGGUGUUAAAGUGACGUUUGCAGAUGGUACCAUGGAGACAGGGGCCAUCUUGGUCGGCGCCGACGGUACCAGAUCUCAUAUUCGUCGGCAGCUGAUGCCGAAUUACACUGUCUUGGACACUGAGUGCGGAGCUAUCUAUGGAAAGACAUUCAUAAGUCCCAGAACUCGAAAUUCUCUGGCUGAAGAAUUCUUCGGAGGAAUAUGUCUUGCUGGAGAUAGCAGCAAGCCUGGGCUCAAGCUCUUCACUGAUACAAUGGAGUUUCCACAAGACCUGAGCCUCGAUGAAAGGGCCAAGUAUAGGGUGCCGGAUGACUACGUGUACUGGGUACUAUGCAUCAACAGAACCCUACUAGGAAUCGCAGCAGAAGAUCUCAAUGCUGCGCAGUCUGUUGAGAUGACCAAGAGCUGGCAUCCUACCGUCCGGUCACUGCUGCAGAGCCAGGACGCAUCUGCAUCGUCGACGCUUGCAUUCUUCGCAUCCUCUUCAGAGACAUUCAAGAGGGAGUGGGAGGGACUGGUCAAAAGGCCUGAUUUUACGGCAGUGACUUUGCUGGGUGAUGCAGCACAUCCGAUGACACCUGUUGGAGGCGUUGGUGCCAACUCUGCGUUCCAGGAAGCAGCGGAUUUGUGCAGCGUCAUUACGCGUGGCUCACUUGGUGCGGAGGGGCUUGAAGAGUAUGCGAAGUUGAUGAGGGAGCGUGGCGAGAAGACGGUAGGACUUAGUGGUGGUGGUGCAGAACAUAUGUUCCAGAUGAAGCCGUUCUCUGAGCUGAAGGUGGCAUCUUUUUAA